AUGGGCUCUGCAGUGCUGGCGAAGCUAAGCGAAGCAUCAAGGAAGGACCAAUCAUCCCACCUUCCAUUAGUUGAUCCUCAGGAGCACGACUCACGAGUAUUUAUUUCAGAAGCCAAUGAACAAUGGGUAACAUACAUCACACUGAUUGAGGAAGCAGUGGCAUCGUACAAGACCUGUGACCCUCAAAGAUGCUCUUGUCAUUAUCCGCUUAUUAAGAAAGACUUGGCAAGUUUUAAAGAUGGCAUUAUUAAAAGUAUUAUCCAGUCAUCAAGAGAAAGGUCGCUAGAUGAAAAAGUGAAGAUAAGUAAUUUUUUUUUUUUCAGAGGGUCUCGCACAAGCUCAGAGAGAGAUGCACUCGUAUAUCUAUCAAGAGAGAACCCAGACAUUGCUGAUGCUCAGUACACAAAGAACCAAGCCUGGAAAUCAGAUGCUGAUACUUUGUAUGCCCCUCCUGCUUCUGAAGUAGCACUUGAAGAGCAUUGCAAAUACAAAUAUCUCUUCAACUUCAGGGGAGUAGCUGCUAGCUUCAGAUUCAAACAUUUAUUCCUGUGUCGCUCACUUGUUUUUCAUGUGGGUGAUGAGUGGAUCGAGUUUUUUUACCAAAAGAUGAAACCUUGGGUGCAUUACAUUCCAGUUAAAACUGGUGCAUCAAAAGAGGAAAUCAGGUAUGACCAUUUUUCUUAUUCUUCUCAAUAUGUUUGUAGUCUCCUUUUCAGUGUGAUGCCUUGAGUAUGAUUGGCUCUAAAUUCAAAGGAUUGGAUCUACCCUCCCUUUCCUUGGAUCAAACCUAAUUGCCUCCCAUUUCCCUGGCACACUGUAUGAUCCUUGUGGAUUUAGUACUACCCACUGAAUGGAAUAAUUCUCGGUAGGAUUAUGCAUGCAUAUCUACAAAUAUUGCGGUGAUGGAUAAUUGUAAUGCCUUGUAUAUGUGAAUUGCAUAAAUCAUGUUGAAAGUGUUAUUUGUCAUUUCUAUUCACCUUUAAAUAUCACACAGCUUAGACCUGC